AUGACAACAUCCGUAACCCCUCCUAUGCGCGUCCACGGAUGGAAUGUCCAUCUUGUCGCAGGCGACGAUGACUUUCACUUUGCAGGUCUAUACCAAGUUCCCGGGAGUAACUUGAUAACAUUUCGCGAUGUUAUUGACGAGAUGCGUCUUUGUUUUGACAUUCCCGGCGAGGAAGACCCCUGGGAGACUAUGGCUUUCAUGUUGGUGGAUUCACCAGAUGAUAUGAAGAGAAAACUUCCUUCUUUAGUUGCAGAUGAGGAUCUUGCUCUUCCUGUUCCUGGGCUUGAGGGUUCUUCGCCUAAAGUUCAGCGUGUAGUGACAUACCAUGUGAUCCUGCAUAAGCCCUGUGAGAUUUCCUACGAUAAACCGUUACAAGAUCACAUCAAAGAUAAAUGUGCUCAGCACAUUACCCGACCAACGCGUCGAACGGAUAAUCGCUAUAUACCUCUUGAUAAACCAUCACUGGACCCUCGCUAUGCCAAAAUGCCAUUUCGACGUACAACAACCACUCGCAGAGCUUCUCAGUCUCCAAAACGGCGCAGAUCCGACUCGUUUUCAUCAACGACAGAUGGCGAGCAGGAAGACAUCAAGAAUUUACAUGUUCCACUAAACAUGGACCUAUCACCAGAAGAAGCGAGACAAACGACAGAGACAUUCCGACAUGACUGUCUUAUCCAUGCCGAUCGUUGUGCUAUAUCUGGAAAAGGCCAGUCAUGGUGCAUUAUUCCGUCGAUUGGACCAGGUCUUCUUGCUUGUCAUAUUGUACCUCAACACCAUUUUUACCACUACCCCCGCCAUGACCAGAGCAACGCGACUGAGGCUGAACCUGAGAUCGACGAUGAGAGACUCACUCAAGCAUGGAAAGAUACAUGGUCUGGCAAAAACGGCAUGCUCCUCAUGAACGACAUACGGCAACUCUUCGAAGCCCGUCUCGUCUCAAUCCAUCCCGACACUUAUAAAAUUCGAGCUUUUGUGCCAUACGAUGUUAUUACCGACUUUCACGGCAAAAAGGCCAAUGUUGCGCGAAAAGUGGAUAAACUAGCGUUAAGACACCACUACGAGAUGUCGUGCAUUGAGAACAUGGCUGCGCAGAUGCCAGCGGUAUCACAUGACUCUGCUAGCCAGAGUACAGUGAGGUUUUUGGAAAUUAGAUCGCCGCUUGGAAGGACGAUUAGUUUACCGAUAAAUACGAAUAUGGGUAGGCAGGGUGGUGAUCCGGCGAAGAGGGUCAAGUUGGAGGAGACGGUAGAGACGAGUUCGCAGGAGGAAGAGAUCCAGAGGGCUUUGUCUGUGGAGUACGAAUUGACAGAAGUUUCGGAUUGA